CUUUUUAUUAUUAUUUCUUCUACUUUUGUUGAACGUUGUUUACUAUCUGUUAUAUGUCAUGAUAACCCAAGUGUUAAGAACACAGGGUAGCCGAUUGCAACGUUCUGCACGUUCUGUAAGACUUGUGCCAGCAACUCAUCGGAAUGCCUACCAUCACUUGGGCGCUAACAGCGGCAGCACUACUACCACCACUACCACUACAGCCUCCAGCUACAGCUACAGUGGCCAGCGUAUGAUACCGCUACUGCAGCAUUCGCCUCGAGUUCGUUUCUUCUCGCACGUCGCUCCUACCAUGGUGCUGCACAAUCAUCAAGUGCGAUCGAUUGCGUUUUCUUCAGUGCCUCGUAUGGCAUUAUCUGCACUUCGAUUACCUACACUUGUUGCCGGGACAACCGUUGCAGGUGUCACACUUGCCAACAACAAGAUUACAGACUGGACGGAUAAAGGAACAGAGUUUGUGUUGGACGGUGUCAAGGGAGCGAAAAAGUUUCUCGGCGCGCUGCAGGAACAGGCAGAGGAACUCGACGUAUCCAUUCCCGAAAUUCACCUACAAGUACCUAGCGUCAUCAAGGAUUUUUUAGCUUCGAUGGCAGCGACCGAAGAAGAGCCGCAUACCACAAACCACACAUUUUCCAAGACUGAGCAGGAGACAGAGAAAGAGAGCAACAACAAGAACGAUGGCGGCGGCGGUGGCGACGGUGGAGGCGAUAACAAAGGCACGGCUGCAGCAGCAGCAGCAGCCGUAGCUGCAUACCUCAACGACGACGAGGAAGAAGAAAAGCCAAAGAAGAAACGAAAGCAACAGCACGACGUUUCGACGCACCAAGACGAACAGCUCAUGAUGCUCACGAAAAAAUUGAUUGAAAUUCGCAGCAUUCUGCUCUCGAUCGACCAUAACGAAACACUCAAACUGCCUAGUAUCGUAGUCGUCGGCUCACAAAGUUCCGGCAAGAGCUCUGUGUUGGAAGCCAUUGUUGGCCAUGAAUUCCUUCCAAAGGGCUCGAAUAUGGUAACACGACGACCGAUUGAACUGACGUUGAUACACACGCCGGGCGAGGACGAGGAGUAUGGCGAAUUCCCGCAACUCGGAUUGGGCAAAAUGAACGACUUUAAAAAGAUCCAAAAGACGCUUGUGGACAUGAACAUGGCCGUCUCAGACACCGAGUGCGUUUCCGAGCAACCGAUCGAACUCCGUGUCUACUCGCCAAACGUGCCCGACCUGACGCUGAUCGACUUGCCAGGCUAUAUCCAGAUCAGCAACAAGAACCAGCCCGAGACGCUCAAGACCAAGAUUGAGGAUUUGUGUGAAAAGUACAUUCGCGGUCCCAACAUCAUCCUUGCCGUCUGUGCAGCCAACGUCGAUCUGGCCAACUCGCCAGCCCUGCGUGCAAGUCGCAAGUGCGAUCCCCUGGGUUUGCGAACGAUUGGCGUAAUCACCAAGAUGGAUUUGGUGCCACCAGAGCACGGUGCAGGUGUCCUGCGGAACGCAGACUAUCCCUUGCAUCUCGGCUACAUUGGCGUCGUCUGUCGCUCGCCCGAAAAUGUCACCGGCAACAUGACGAGCGCGCUGAUCCGGAACGAAGAAGCCUUUUUCCAGAACCAUCUGAUUUAUAACCAGCGCGACAUCCAAGUGGGCACCGCCACGUUGCGACAUAAGCUGAUGAAUGUGUUGGAGCAGAGCAUGGGCCGGUCCUUGUACAGCAUUGUGGAUGCGGUUCAGCAAGAGCUCGAGGAGGCACGGUACCAGUUCAAGGUGCAAUACAACGAUCGACGGGUUACAGCAGAAUCGUAUGUGGCCGAGACGAUCGACUCACUCAAGCAUAAUUUCAAGGACUUUGCAACACGCUUUGGCAAGCCGCAGGUGCGGCAUGAAGUGCGGACCAUGCUGGAGCAGCGGGUUUUGGAUAUCUGCGCCGAACACUAUUGGUCCGAUCCCAAGAUUGCAGAAUUGCCCAAGGCAUCGCUGGAUGAUAUUUACUGGCUCUACAAGGUUGAUUUGGCAUCCUCUGCGUUGACCAAGAGCGGGAUUGGGCGCUCAACGACGCAGCUCGUGGUAGAUGUUUUGAUGAGCAAUAUGGAGCGACUCGCCAACGCUGACCCGUUCUCGUACCAUCCGGAAACCCGCAAGCAGGUCAUGAGCUUCACGAGCGAAAUUCUUCGCUCCAAGUUUCUGACGACGAGUGAUCAGGUCGAGAACACGAUUAAGCCGUACAAGUACGAGGUUGAGGUGACAGACAUGGAAUGGAGCGACGGCGUUAAGCGAGCAGUUACGUUGCUGGAACAGGAGCUAGACAUGUGUGAUCAGAUGACCAACUCGCUCAAGAAUGCGGUCGGUAAAAAGAAGCUCAAAAGUGCUAUCAAGUAUCUGCUGGACCAGGAGCGCGAGGAUGGUCGACGGCAAGAACGUCUUCGGCAGAUAGCAGAAGAGGGUGGCCAAGCAACCGAGGAACAACUUUUUGGACUUGAUGACGAAGACGCUAUCAAGCCUUUCUACAACGCCAAGAUUUUGGAAAAGGCGAAAGAUGCGCUCUUCUUGCGCGACCGUGCCAUGAUUCUGAAAUAUCGAAUUGCAGCCCUCAAAAGCCGACAGUGUAAAUCGGCAGACAACAAGCAGUAUUGUCCCGAGGCAUUCCUCAACGUUAUUGCAGAAAAGCUGACAUAUACGGCGGUGAUGUUUAUACAAGUGGAGUUGCUGAACGAGUUCUUUUUCCAAUUCCCUCGUGAGGUUGACAAUCGUCUGGUGUACCAGAUGAACCGUCGACAGAUCUUACAGUUUGCACGUGAGAACCCUCCGAUCCAAAAGCACUUGGAUUUGCAAGAACGCAAGAACAAGCUAGAAGACGUCAUGGACAAGUUGAGCUACCUUGUCAAGAGACAAGCAGACAGACAGGCUCGGGCAAAGAUGAGCUCCUUUAGUGCUUAAAAAAAGCAAAAAGAAAAAGCUAUGAUUUAUUAUGGUUUUACCCUAGUCCUCCCCUUUCCCAAAAUACAUGUAAUAGUGUGCUGUAAUUCAUCCAUCCCAUCCUCCCUUGACGUGUAACAGCAAAGCCUUAGAAGAUAUACAUAUUAUAUAUAUAUAUACAUACCCCUCUCAAGAACAUCUGUCUCUCUCUCUCUCUCUCUCUCUCUAAACCCCCCCCCCCUUCACAAUCUGUUAAUAAUACCUUUUGCCUCUUUUAUCAUACACAACUUUGGAGAAGAAGAAGAAGGAGGAGGAGGAGAAGGAAUAGUGUGAAUUAGAAGACAUGUAUUUUAUAUUACAUACUCUAAAGCGAC